GCGCUCGGCGGCGAGCGGGGCGGCGGGCAGCGCCAUGGGGGCUGCCGCCUGCCUCCUCUGCCUGGCGCUCGGCGCCCUGACAGCGGCCCCAGGAGGCGCCGGGCCGGCGGCGGCGACAGCGACAGCGGGGCGGCGGGGCGAGAGCCCCUUCGCGGAGCGAGAGAGCAUCAGGCCCCUGCGGCUGGUCUCCGGCGAGGGCGGCGGCGGGGCGCGGUGGCCGGCGCUGAGCACGCGGGUGCGGAGCGAGGCGGCGCGGACACAGUCUACCCACAUUGCUCGAGCCAGCUUCCAGGUUGAUGCUUUUGGAUCAUCUUUCAUCUUAGACGUGACACUAAACCAUGACCUUCUGUCUUCUGAAUAUCUUGAGAGGCAUAUCGAGCAAGGUGGGAAGACAGUGGAAGUUAAAGGAGGAGAACAUUGCUAUUAUCAGGGAAAAAUUCGAGGAAAUCCUGUAUCAUUUGUUGCCUUGUCAACAUGCCAUGGAUUACAUGGGAUGUUCUAUGAUGGAAAUCAUACUUACCUUAUUGAGCCAGAUGAAAACUACACUUCAGAUGAUGACUUCCAUUUCCACUCUGUUUACAAAUCCAAGUUGUUUGAAUUUCCUUCAGUUGACCUGCCAUCUGAGUUCUGGCAGAUGAAUACUACAUCACAGAACUUUGUUGUAAGGCCAAGACACAAAAGAAGGAAAAGGCAGGUUCGUCAGAUUCCACGUAAAGUUGAAGAGGAAACAAAAUACAUUGAGUUGAUGAUUGUAAAUGAUCAUCUAAUGUGUAAAAAGCACCGUUUGUCAGUCGGCCAUACCAACAGCUAUGCUAAAUCAGUUGUGAACAUGGCAGAUUUAAUAUAUAAAGAACAACUUAACACGAGGAUAGUAUUGGUUGCCAUGGAAACCUGGGCUACUGAUAACAAGUUCACCAUAUCUGAAAACCCCUUGGUGACUCUACGUGAGUUUAUGAAAUAUAGGAGGGAUUUUAUCAGAGAGAAAAGUGACGCAGUUCACCUUUUUUCGGGGAGUCGAUUUCAGAGCAGUCGAAGUGGUGUAGCCCACACUGGUGGAAUCUGCUCCUUGCUUAAAGGCGGAGGUGUGAAUGAGUUUGGAAAGCCAGACUUAAUGGCAGUUACCCUGGCACAGACCUUGGCCCAAAACAUUGGCAUUUUCUCAGACAGAAGAAAACUUCUAAGUGGUGAGUGUAAGUGUGAGGACACGUGGUCUGGAUGCAUAAUGGGAGAUAUGGGAUACUAUCUUCCAAGCAAGUUCUCUGAGUGUGAUAUUGAAGAAUAUCAUGAAUUUUUAAACAAUGGAGGUGGAGCCUGCCUUUUCAAUAAACCAACCAAACUUCUGGAUCCUCCAGAAUGUGGCAAUGGCUUUGUGGAAGAUGGAGAAGAAUGUGACUGUGGGACAAUAGCGGAGUGUGCCAGUGAAGGAGGAGAGUGCUGCAAUACCUGCACCCUGACCGCGGGCUCCCAGUGCAGCAAUGGGCUCUGCUGUCGGAAGUGCCGGUUUGAACCUAAAGGAGUUUUGUGUCGAGAAGCAGUGAAUGAUUGUGAUAUUGCAGAGAACUGCACAGGAAAUUCCAGCCAGUGUUCUCCUAAUAUCCAUAAAAUGGAUGGAUAUUCAUGUGAUAACAGACAGGGUAUUUGCUUCGGAGGAAGAUGUAAAACCAGGGACCGGCAAUGUAAAUAUAUCUGGGGUGAAAAAGUGACGGCUGCUGACAGGUACUGCUAUGAGAAGCUGAAUAUUGAGGGGACUGAGAAAGGAAACUGCGGAAGAGACAAGGACUCUUGGAUACAGUGCAAUAAACAGGAUGUGCUUUGUGGAUACCUUCUGUGCUCAAAUAUAUCCAGUGUGCCCAGACUUGGAGAACUUGAUGGUGAAAUCACAACAUCAAUCUUGCACUAUGGAAAAGUCUACAAUUGCAGUGGUGGCCAUGUGAAGCUUGAUGAGGACACGGACCUGGGCUAUGUGGAGAACGGGACGCCGUGUGGGCUGGACAUGGUGUGCCUCGACCAUCGCUGCCUCCCCACCGAGGCCUUCAACUUCAGCACCUGCCCAGGCACCACAGACAGCCAGAUUUGUUCAGGACAUGGUGUUUGUAGCAAUGAAAUAAAGUGUGUCUGUGACCGAUUCUGGGGAGGAGAUGACUGCAGUUCUCACAUCAAAGACGAUCUAUUUUUUGAUAAAGAGGCCAUGAAUAAAGGUGUGGUUAGCACAAAUAUAAUAAUAGGGGCUAUUGCUGGCACCAUUAUAGUGUUGGCUCUCGUUUUAGGAAUAAUUGGUUGGGGUUACAAAAACUACAGAAGACAGAGACAAAUACCCCAGGGAGAUUAUGUAAAAAAGGCGGGAGAGGCCGACUCUUUUUAUAGCGACAUGCCUCCUGGAGUCAGCACAAACUCUGCAUCUAGUUCUAAGAAGAGGUCUGCUUUUCUGUCGCAUUUUCAGAUUUCUACCUAUUCCAUCACCCAUUAUUCCAUUAGUCAGAACAUUUCAUUGUUUUGCAGCAGGUCAAAUGGAUUAUCUCAUUCCUGGAGUGAAAGGAUCCCAGACACAAAACAUAUUUCAGACAUUUGUGAAAAUGGGAGGCCUAGGAGUAAUUCUUGGCAAGGUAAUAUAGGAGGAAACAGAAAGAAAGUCAGAGGCAAAAGAUUUAGGCCACGGUCUAAUUCAACUGACCGGGUAACCCAUGCAUCUGAGCCUGGGCUUUCUCUCGCCCACCAAAUCCCUGCCCAAGGCAUAAGCCCAGGGGGUUCCGACAACCCCCAAACAGGGAGUCGGGAUCACAGGUAUUUAAACCCAUGGUUCAAAAGAGAAUAUAAUGUAGCUAAGUGGGUAGAAGAUGUGAAUAAAAACACAGAAGGACCAUACUUUAGGACACUGUCUCCUGCAAAGUCUCCGUCUUCAUCCACUGGAUCUAUUGCUUCCAGCAGAAAGUACCCAUACCCGAUGCCACCACUUCCUGAUGAAGAGAAAAAAGCCAACAGGCAAAGUGCCAGGCUAUGGGAGACAUCCAUCUAGCUGCACUGUUUUCCUGGGGUCACAUCAGAACUGUUUACUUUGGAUUUUAUAGAAACUCGACAUCACUGAGUCACUGCACAUUCAUCUGCUCUUCAGACAAUUCGAAAGAUCAACAGAGAUGCCCAUGAUAUUGCAGUGAGAACCUCCUCUCAUGUGGAAAGGAAGAAAACAGUCUUUUUUUUUUUUCUUUUUUGUUGACUUGUAUCUUACGGAUCUGAUGAACAACCAAAAUCAUAACAUUUGACAAAGAAUAAUUAGCCCAGAUGUGACAAGGCUGUUCCACAUGGUGACAGAUACACUUACCUAGAAUCCCAACUACAGUCCACUUGCCAGUCCUGUGUAAUAGAGGUUUUUCUCUGGUUUAUUGCAGUCCUGAGUCAGACCAGAGUGGAACUGGGAACGUGCCUCACGGAGAGCCCAGCCUAUGUAAACUUGUAUGCUGUAUGCAUGAACCUUGUGUUCUUUACUUUCCACGUGUAAGGGAAAAACAACAUACUGUAGUAGAGAUUAGCAUGCAGGAGUAAGAAAUAUAGGAUUUUUUUUUUUUUUGUGGCAGGAUUUCAAGCUUUGAAAGGAAACUAUUUGACGCGAAUGGAAACAAACAAAGAUUAUACCUUUUUUUUUCUACCUUACAUGUUUAUAAUCUCAGUAUACAGAUUGUAUAUAUGUAAACAUUCAAUAAUGUCAAAAAUAGCUGUUAUACGUAAGUGUAUUUUGCCAAAUGCCUAAAGAAACAGUCAUGACUAACAUCAUCACACUUCAGAUUUUCUAAUAUUACGAGCAGACAUCCUUGGAAAUACAGAAAGUACAGUACUGUAAAACUGUGUCUCUCAGAAACUGGUGUUUGACCAAAAUCUAUACAACUUUUUUGGCAUCUUAUACUGUCUUGACAAUCUCAAUUGUACAGUAGACUGUGGAACCAGUACAGCAGCACUUUGUCUUAAAUCAUCAUAAGAGGAACCAGCCAAAAUCCCUUGUUUAGUGAGAUGACCACUGUAUCCUCUCACAGGUGUUAUCAAGGAUGAUUCGGCAGACAACAGAGUCUUUAAGUCAUGUGCAGCCCAAACUUACUGGACAUUUGGGAAUACUUCUAAGUAAUCCAUUCAGGAUGUGGUGAUGUGAAGUCCGUCUGUGAGAGUUGCUGUGUGUUUUUGAUAGAGCAUUUCAGACACUGUUUUAGAUGGCAAGGCAUAGGCUUAUGAGAAGCAUAAUGAUUUCACUGCACUAGAUAAUAACAGUACUGGGCAAGUGGCCAGUUUCAUUGCUGUCUUUUAAUUUUUAUUCGUUACUGGAAUCGCCUUUACCAUGUGCUUGAAUGCUAUGCUUGCUGCCCCUGAAGCCCCUUUGACAAUUUUUUGGGGCAUUAAACUGAGCACAAGUGAAUUUAGCUUAAAAAAAAUGGGGUGGCGGGGGGGAACAACUCUUUACCAUAUUAAUUUUGUGUGUAAGUUGAUGGUUAUAUUUCUAACACCUGAGACUUCUAAAGGUUAUUGUAAAGCAAAUGCCUUCUGAUUGGGAAUUUUCAGUCAGUAAGAAAAUGGACCAUAUUAAAUCAGUUUAUAAUUCUCUGGUUUUCCAAAAUUGACUACUUCUUAGCUUCAGGUAGUACCAUAGCAGAAUAAAACACCUGACUCUGUGUGGUGCAGUUGAAUACCCUACCCAACAGCUGUAUGAUUAAUUAGAUAUUAUUGUAAUGGGAACAUCUAUGGUGUUUCUGAAUCUUCUACCUCUUUCAUGUAUUUCCUUUAGUAAGUGAACCCAACACUUGCAGCCUUUUAAUGUAUUUUUUUAACUUUUACGUCUCUCAAUAAAGUCAGAUAUAUGUAAGAUUAAAUUAAGAAAUGUUUAAAGAUGUUGGCAGCUGUAAAGUAUGUAAGAUUUUUAGAAGCACUAUAUUUUAUGAUUAGGCUGUAUGUUGGAUUAUGACAAAAUAUUGGCCUUGUCGUUCAAAUGAUUUUUCUUCACAGUUGACAGGUUCUGGUAAGUAUUUGGAAAAAGACAAAUAUAAGUGAGCAGAAAUGGGUGCAGACUGACCAUCUGGAAGGAGCCAGUUACCUGUAAUUGCUUUAGGGAAAGAUUCUGCAUUUUUGUGAAAGGUAAAUAUAUCAAUCAGCACUGAAAAAUAUUUUUUGCUAGGAUUUACUUUGAAUGUGGAUAUCUGGAUUAAAGAUAGUUGAUAGCGCUUAGCUCAUGAAAUUAGGUCUGAGCCAUAACUUGGAAUCAAUAUGUCUUUUUUUGAUUUCACUGAACUUUGAGCAGGACCCUCAAGAGGUUCACCCACAUUAGGACAUAGUGCUAACCCGAUCGUCACUGUAUUACUCUGUCACCUGGUUUUCCCUCCCAUAUUCAUAUCUUGUCUUUAGUAACUGGACUGUUCAUCAUGUGCCUUCUAUGGUAUUUUUUUGGAUACAAACUGGCAUGUAAUUUUGAAUAAUUCUGUUAGAUUUCUGUGCAUAUUUCAUGUUUACCACUGUUUACUCUUCCCUUUCCAUUUUGCCUUACCAAGAAGCAGCAAGAUUUGGCAGACAGAACUGGAUAUAACAUACUGGCUCUUUCUGCGAUGUUCAUAGCUUCUUGUUUUGCAAACAGAUGUCCCUCCUGACUGUAUUUUCAAUGUAGUAUGUACUUCCAGCUUCUUCUGUUUUGGUAUAAUUCAUUUGUAGCAUAUGAUGAUACAGUUAUGUGUGUAGUGUACCUUUAACACUCACCUUCUCAUUUGGAGACAUGUAGUGACUGGAAGUCUAGUUGUGAGCACUAAGUUUAGGUUAAAUAAACAUUGACUUUCACUUUGGUGGUCUAGAGUGAGAGUAUCAUCGGACUUGGGUUUUUGCAAAAUUCUUCUGCAGAGGACUUUGAAUCAGGUUGGUAACUUGAGAGACCUGAACUGGCAGGGCUGUGUGAGCUUCCCAAGCCAGUGGAGGUUGGAGAGAGAAGUUUGCUUACAAGCUGUCAUUUCCUACUUUUAAAAUGUAGUGUGUUGGAAAGCUACCAGAUUAAUAACCUUGAAGAUUGCAAAUAUUUUUAUCCACUGUAGUUAGUUACACUGGCAGUAGCAAUAUAAAGUGCCGCAUAAUACCUCAUCCAGACUAAAAUAGAGUACUUGUCACUAAUAUAGAUCAGUCAUUUUGACUCAUUGAGACUCAUGCUUUUAUUUUGGUUUUAUUUUAAUAAAUGAACCAGUUAUUGCCAACUAUGCUGUAGAUGCCUGUUGAAGUGGGGAGGCUAUCAGUUCUCAACUAGAAGUAAUUGCUCAUGUGAGCAUAGGACCUGCAGGAUGAGCUAUACUUAAGCUAUCUUUAUGUAUUUCUAUGUGGAAGAAGAACCUUGUGUAAUUUGUAAUAAAAUUAAUAUGACUAACUGA